CAGGAAGCGGAAGUGCAGAGAGCAGCUCGAGAGUUAGUGCUAGUAGUUUGGCGAGUGAGGAGUGAGUCAGAAACAUGGUGUCGUGGAUCAUCUCCCGAGGCGUUGUGCUUGUCUUUGGUUUACUGUAUCCUGCAUAUUCAUCGUACAAAGCUGUGAAAACAAAGAAUGUUCGAGAAUAUGUGCGCUGGAUGAUGUACUGGAUUGUAUUUGCACUUUUUAUGACGAUAGAAACAUUUACAGACAUUUUUGUCUCCUGGUUUCCCUUUUACUAUGAAAUUAAGAUGGCCUUUGUGAUAUGGCUGUUGUCUCCUUACACGCGAGGGGCGAGCCUGCUGUACAGGAAGUGUGUGCAUCCCAUCCUGUCCCUUAGGGAAAAGGAAAUAGACACAUACAUUGUGCAGGCGAAGGAACGGAGCUAUGAGUCAUUCGUGAGCAUUGGGCGGAAAGGUCUUAAUAUUGCAGCCACCGCUGCUGUACAAGCUGCUACUAAGGGUCAGGGUGCACUAGUAGGACGCCUGCGUAGUUUCAGUAUGCAAGACUUGCGUGCACUUCCCGAUGACACCCCUUUACACUACAGAGAUCCGUUAUAUCCCGAUGAAUCGGAUCUGCAGCGUCGACCAAUCAAUUAUGCUACCGCUUCACAGGUUGACAGUGACUCCAUGGAUGAACGAUGGUCAGAUUCAGAGAUGGCUGAGUCAACCAGGACAGCAGCGAGAACACGGGGAGGGGUUUCUCAGAAACCACUACAAAGGAGCCAAAGUCUGCGAGUUUCCAAGAAGAAGGGGCUGAGUCGAGAGGGCUCCACAAGAACAGUCAAACCCAGAGCAAAGAAGAAGGCUGCACAAUCAGAACCUGAAAACUGAUCUGUUGGACAAUGAGAAAGGGGUCGUUAAUCAGCCCCCUAUUAUGUAUACAAUGUGUGCAGCCAAAACACUGAAUUUUAGCAAUACGAUGUUCUCAAACUGAAUGAUCUCACAUUUUUCGGUUGCUGAUUGUCUUAAUGUGUCGUUAUAAAAGUGUGUGUGUAUAUAUUGUCUAGUAUAUAGUGUGAAGAUAAGGAUUUGUAUGGUCUUGAAAUAUGUGCAAUAUUAUUAAAAAUUGCCAAUAUUUCCAUUCAUGUUUCAAUCCCCUUAGGAAUCUUGUAGAUAGUCUAAUAAUACAUAAUAAUGAUAAAAGUAUUGUAUUAUUAAUAAUAAUCAUCAUCAUAUGGGAUAAGCCACCACUCUAUGACAUAACCACUUUUACGUGUGUUACUGGAAAAGAUCUUAAAUCUGUUUAAUUAUAAAAAAUGUGGGACUCGUGGUAUAUAGGUGUAAGAAAGAGAGAGUUGUGAAAGAUAGACCCCCACAUAAGAUUACUUUACAUGAUCAUUAAAGGGACAUUAAAAUACUAAAUACAUUUUACUAGCAUAGUAUUGAUGUUGUUCACUACUUGUUUGCACAUAUGCUGCAACUUUCCUUCAGACACCUGCAGUGUAACCUAGGUUCCAUAAUGGCAGCACCCAUGAUAAGAGGGAGGGGCAUAAAAUGUAUUUAGUGUUUAGUUCCCCUUUAAGGUAAUAGAGUAUAAAGUAACUGAAACCUAUCCUCCUCUCACUGGAAGGAUAUGGAAGUCAUAUUUUUUUUUUUUUUACACCAAAAUUCAAAAGAAACAAACAACUUUCUAGUUUACUAACGUUAGUGAAUGAACUUCUUUCACUAUACUCUUAUGGAAUGAAGCCAAGUUUCAAUAAAGAAUUGGUCUUCCGUGCCCCUUUAAAUAUUGUCUAUAUUUAAAAAAACAUGUAAACUUAGCCUAAGUUGUUUAACUUUUAAAUAUUGGGAGGGUUAAAUGAUCCCUAAUAGAUUGAUAUAUAAAUGGUGAUAACUUAAAUACACACUGUAUUUGCUGUUUCUCCAAGGCCAAAUAUUUCCACUUAUUUGUGCACUAUGCUGCCUGCUCAAGCUGAGCAAUCUUUACUGUCACUUUGAUUGCUAUAUGUGUAUGUGAUAAACAAAAAAAAGUGUAUAUAUAAAGAACUGUUUCGCAUCUGAAAAGCCCUGUUCAUGUCUAUAUACAAGUGUGUGAUCAAGAUGAGAUGUGUGUGAAUUUUCAUUCAGUUGCAUGUUCUGUACUGUUAUAUACACCAGUGUUUGUCAACCGUGCUACUCAAGUACUCCUCAAGAGGCCAGAUUUUCAUUAUAGCUGAACCAGUGCACAGGUGAAAUAAUCAGCUGAUCAGUAACCAUGGUUACUAACCUGCUUUCACCCAUUAGAUGAUUUUUUCACCUGUGCACUAGUUCAGCUAUAAUGAAAACCUGGACUGUUGGAGGUACUUGAAGGCCGUGGUUGAGAAACAAUGUUAUACACUACACCCGUCCAAUCUUGCCUUUUGUAUUUUGUACCACCUCUAUCAGAUUGCUACUGGGGGUCAUUAUCCUGCUCAUGCAAUGUUAUCAUUUUGUUGCUUGGGUCCGUUCUAGAGAGGAGGUUUACUGACCCCCAACGUUACAGAAUGCAUUAAAGGCAAUCGCUAUGUGCAUACAGUUAUUACUAAGCAUACUGUACAACCAUUUCUAGGGUGCAAUGUUUGUGGUGUUUUAUUUCCUCUAUUGAGGUGGGAAACAUGAAAUGGCUUUCUAGUUCUUAAAUCUUCAGCAGAAAUUCCGUAUCUAGGUGUUGGGAUUAGUAAUUUAUUUUAUCUGUUAUGUUGUGUCUUUUAUGCUGACUUGCUGUAAGCAUAACGUGUUUUUAUUUGUUAAAACUUGACUUUUCUAUGAUAUACAGUUAACACCAUUUUGCAAGUAGAUAGUAUUUUAUAAGUUCCGUUUUUGUCUACACAACCUAAAAAUUCCUUUUCACAAUUAUAAAUAAAUAUAUAUAUAAAUAUAUAUAUAUAUAUAUAUAUAUAUAUAUAUAUAUAUAUAUAUAUUUGUUUUCAAAAUGGGAUCAAUUGCUUAUUAUAUUAGAUUAAUUAAUGGUGGCUGGAUAUAUAAAAUUAAACUUUCAUGGUUUGGAUAGAGCAUUUAGAGGGAACAUGUCAUUUUAAGAGACUUUUAUAAUUAACCUCUUUCUCUUGGUAUCCUUUGUUGAAAAACAUACUAAGGUAUUACUGGGAGCUCACCGGUGGUUGCACACACAUGCCCCCCUUUUCAUUUGCUUAGCAGAUGUUUUAAGCUAGCUCACAUUAGUGCACUGCUGCUUCUGAGCCUAUCUAGGUAAAUUUUUCAACAAAAGAUACCAAGAGAACAAAGUACAUUUGAGUAGCUAUAAAAUCUCUUAAAGUUGCAUGCUCUAUCUAAACCAUGAACGUUUCAUUUUGACUUUCAUGUCCCUUUAAUUAAAUGCAUUUGUGAAUGGGAUUGCUCCUUACUCAUUGGGGAGGCCAGAUUUAAAGGGCUAUUUGCCAAAGGUCAUAUCAUGUGACUACAGUUUGGAAAAACAGUAUUCAAAGAAUGUGCUAAGCUGGACCAAGGCUCAGAGUAACAAACUAUGUAAAACUGUUACAGCUUAUGUCUAAUUUUAAUAAGGCCUAUUACAGUAAUUUUGCAUAGUCUUAUAAUGAUGAUCUCUGAUUGCCUAAUAGUUUGUGUUCUUUUUUUUUUUCUUCUUCCACAGAGAGAACAGUUUCUGUUUAAUGUGCAUAGGGUUAAAAAGGGAGUGUAGUUUAUGAAGUGUUGCUGUGUCACACAGGCGUGUGCAUAUUUGUCUCUGCCGUAAACUAGAGUUAUGACCUAGUAGAAGGGAACGGUUUCAUUAUGAGGGCCAACUUGGGAAUGAUUUUAACUGUUACUGAACAUUCUGGUACUAUUUUUGCACCAUAUCCCAUACUUAAAGAGAUACUGAACCCAAAUGUUUUCUUUCAUGAUUCAGAUAUAGCAAUGGUUUUUAAACCUCCCCAACAGGCCAGGUUUUCUGGAUUACCUUGAAUGAGAGCAGGUAAAAUUACUAUGUUUACUAAUCAGCUGAUUAUUUCACCUGUGCUCCAGUUCAGAUAUACUCAAAAUGUUAGGGAGGCCCGAGAACAGGUUUGAAAACCAAUGAGAGAGAGCAUGCAAUUUUAAGCAACUUUCUAAUUUACUCCUAUUAUCAAUUUUUCCUCAUUCUCUUGGUAUCUUUAUUUCAAAAAGCAGAUGUACGCUUAGGAGACGGCCCUUUUUGGUUCAGCACCCUGGAUAGCGCUUGCUGAUUGGUGGCUGCAUUUAGCCACCAAACAGCAAGCGUAACCCAGGUGCUGAACCAAAGAUGGGCCGGCUCGUAAGCUUAAAUUCCUGCUCUUUCAAAUAAAGAUACCAAAAGAAUGAAGAAAAAUUGAUAAUAGGAGUAAAUUAGAAAGUUGUUUAAAAUUGCAUACUCUGUCUGAAUCAUAAAAUAAAAAAAAGAGGGUUUAGUAUCCCUUUAAAGUAUCCCUUGAAUAAUAAUCUAUCUUUUCCAUGCCAGGUGGUGUUAAACUGAUUAUUGUAAGUCUUUGGACUUUAUCUAUGUAUUUAUAUGUUUGUUUGUAAUGUCUGUAGCCGCAAUUUAAACACCAAAGACUAACCCUAUUCAGCAGGGUUAAGGUUAAAAAGUCAGUUCCACUUAGAAUCAUUAUGAUCUAAUGACAACAAUCUGCAAAAUAAUAAAAUACUGAUUCAUCCUAUUUGGUAUUAGUGUGAAUUUAUAGCUUAAACAUUUAUAAAGGAUUACUUGUUUAAUGGGGUAGCUAUGUAAUGAGUUAUGACGUGUGACAUGGUAAUAAGGCUAAGCCACACUUAGGAGCAAUGCUACCAAAUGACAGUAAUUCUUUUUUGUAGUUCCCAUUUCUGUAAUGUAUGUGUCAAAUUACUAGAGGGCCAUUAUUAUAUGAAAUAUGGUUUACGGGCCAAAUGAACAUAGUUACUGAGAUCCUAUUGACAAUCUAGGGUGUUGUGAGAUCACUCUGGUUCCAUUUGGAAAUGCUCUUGUAAAAUAACCUGAAGUGCCUGAUAUUUCUGAUCUGUAUUUUUAUUGUCGGGUUUAUCUGUACUUUUUGAUACUCUUAAUAGAAAAAUAAAUAUUUUUGUUUUCUGCUGUUA